AAGGGGAUUUUCACAUUUGUUAGCAAAACAAAAAAUGUAUAAUAUUUGACAAGUAUGUAUCUUUCGAAAAAUACUAACAUCGGUUCGGAUUACUCAACAAAAUAUUCCUCUGGGACUGGGCCGCCUUCAUCAGUUAGGUAUCCUGCCUACAGGAAUAUUAGAACUCGAUUUCUAUCAUACAAUGACGCCUCUGACUUGCUUCAGAAAAUGGCGAAAUCGUUAUCUGACGGAGGCUAUUUUUAUGAGGGAUACAACACGAAGACUUCUUGUUUUGCCUGUGGUGUUCAGCAUGAUAAUUGGUCGGAAUGGGAAAAUGUUUUGGAAGAACAUUACAAAGACAAUCCGUCAUGCAACCAUGUUCUACUAAUGAAACACAAGUCAGACUUACAAAAUCGAUCUCAAAGCCCGGAACACAGUGUUCCGAAAUUACUAUCAAAUGCAAAGUAUCCGGAAUAUGGAACCUUUUCAAUUCGAAAAGCGACUUUUAAUGAAACAUCCGGAUUUCUUAAACAAAAAUCGGAAGAGGUUGCAAAAUGUGGGUUAUUUUAUAAAGGAUAUAAUAAUAAAGUACAGUGUUAUCAUUGUGGAGUUGAAAUAUCCAUUGAUAGCAAUGACGACCCCAUUGAGAAACAUUCUCUUUUAUCUCCAAACUGCGAGUUUCUUCGACAUCAGAUGCGGACAUUCAGCGAUGAUGCUGAAAGAAUAAGGCAACAACUUCAAUGCAAAGUUUGUCUGAAUGCUCAAGUUAUGGUAACUUUUCGACCUUGUGGACACUUGGCAACUUGUCGAACCUGCGCAGACCAGUUGCAAAAGUGUCCAAUUUGCAGGACUAGUAUUAUGGAAAAAGUUAAUACUUACUUGUAAGUCUUACCUACCAGGUUGAUGCUAUUAAAAAAAAUUGUCGGCAAGUUUAAACAAGUAUGGCGACAGUAAGCCGUGAGCUAUGCUUCAUGGUAAGUACGAAGAAAGGCAGCAAGAGGAAAAAUAUGAAAAUUACUUCUUUUUAAACUUGAAUUAUAUUUUUUUCAAUUAACAAAUCAUUAAAUUAAAUAAUCCGUUUUAAAUUUCUUUGAAACGCAUUAAAAAUAAUAUAAUUUUAGUGUCUAAGAAAUACGAAACAAGGUGUGCGAAAUUGGUGUGCAUAUGGCUCUCAGAUGCUGGCAAAAUAGCAAAGACGUGACGUAAACUGAUGCAUGUUGUAUAAUUUUAUUUUAUGAUGUAAGACAAUGUUUGAAAUAUUUUAUUUUCGUAAUAAAAAAUAUACUAAUCUUUG